AUGCUAGUUCUGUCGACGCUAGUGACUGCUGCGACGCCCCUGUGCGAGAGGGCGCCGGCGCACGCGCAGCCGACCGACACCGCUUACCGCCUUACCGUGGCCGGGGAACCGGACUUGUUUCUACCUGGAGAACUGUAUACCGUGUCUCUACAAGGCGUAGAUGUGGGUCACGGGCCGACACCUUUCGUUGGGUUUACGAUAUGGGCGGAACCUGACGAGGAACUAACUCCGGAGAGUAACGUAUCGACCGCCAAGACACCAGUGCCGCAGGCGCUGGGCGGUUUCCAGGCUUACGAUGCUCAGACUAUGCAGUUUGAAGGCUGCCAACCUGCCGUCAGCAAUGCUACUGCCCAUCCUAAGACCGAGAUUCAGGUGAUCUGGAGUGCUCCAUCCAACGCAACUGAGAGUUGCAUCCGACUGUGCGCGCGUGCCGGCCCUGCCGCUUCUGGCGCGGUGUCGGUGCUGGCGCGCAAGAUCUGCCCCGCUCCCAUCGCGCCCGCCUCCUUCGGGCGGCAGCCGCCCAUUGUGGAGCCCUGCUGCGCCUGCGAUGAAGCUAAAUACGAGGUCGUAUUCGAAGGCCUGUGGUCAAGGAAUACGCAUCCUCGAGAGUUUCCGCCCGAGAACAUUCGCGCGCAUUUCGGUGACGUGAUCGGCGCCUCUCACACGGCGCAGUACAGGGUUUGGCAGGAAGGCAGAGUUGCCAGCAGCGGACUGCGGAGGCUGGCUGAUGAUGGCGCCACAACUGCGCUGGAAAAAGAACUCAAAGCUGAGAGUGAUCACAUUCGAACCAUAAUCAAAGCGCGUGGCAUAUCCUGGCAACAAGUUGCUGGCUCCGGAAUCCCGAAUACCUUCGCCGUGUUCCGAGUGGACGCCAAGAACCACUUGGUGUCGUUGGCGUCGAAACUGGCGCCGUCGCCUGAUUGGUUCGUCGGAGUGUCGGCUUUGGAACUGUGCAAUGCUAACUGCACGUGGAGUAAUUCUGCUACGCUACCUCUUUACCCGUACGAUGCUGGUACAGACAGUGGCCUUACUUAUACGGCUCGUCGUCAGCCCACUGUUCCCGCAGCUCCGGUGCGCGCCCUCCGUCCCGACUGGCCGAAAGAUGUGAGGUCUCCUUUCUUCAACACCAAUAAUGAAAUGCGACCGUACGCUCGGCUGCGGCUAACCAGACUUCGCCUAUAUGAGAAAAGUUGCGAUGCUACCGGUAGGUGUAACGAACACUCAAAAGAAGCAAGCGGUAGUGCUGGGGCUUGCGCUACCUACGCGUGGGGUCCGUGGGGUCCUUGCAGCGUAACUUGUGGCCCCGGGCGCGCCCUGAGACAGCGGCACUACGUGUGGCCGGCGCGGGCCUACGCCGAGGCCUGCCGUGUACGCCUCACCGACUACCGCCGCUGCAACGGCCCGAGACUGCACUGUAGAGCCGUAUCGGAGUACGAGCCGGACCCAGCAGAGUCAUCUGGUCCUUGCGCGGUGACGACGUGGUCCGAGUGGUCGCCGUGUGAGGGCUGCGGCGUGCGGGCCCGCACCAGACAUUACGUGGUGCCGCGCGCCUUCAAGCGGUGCCACAUCGGCUUCCGGGCCUCGACCGUGCUCAGCCAGGCCAUGCCGUGCGAGGCCGGACCUUGUGACAAGCCGGCUCGUGUUAACACCACCUCUGCGAUUCUAGACUGGUUUUAUAGAGACGAAACUCAUGGCCCGUGCCGUGUGUCCCAAUGGAGUGAUUGGUCGCCGUGCACCGCGCGCUGCGGCCGCGGCCGACGGCUGCGCACGCGCCUCUACCUCGUGCGCGACUUCCCCGUGCAGCAGGAGAUCGUGCGCCUGCUCUUCAACACGUGGCAGCGACGGUUUAAUGAAUUGCAGAAUAUUACUGAGUUUCCGGACAACGAAACUGUCAAGAAUCCAGAAGUGACCCGGCUAGCACAGGAGCACAUCACUCGUUGUCAAUACACGCUGAACCAGCAGGAGGCUUUGUGUGACUCUGAAAAUGGCAGUUGCGGUCGCGUAUCACCAGAGGUAUGCAAGUUGCCGCUGAUGGUAGGUCCGUGUCGCAGCUACAGCGAGCGCUGGUUCUACGACGCCGCCACGAACACUUGCGAGCCGUUCGGCUACACCGGCUGCGGGGGAAACGCUAACAACUUCCGCGACAGAGAGUCUUGUAUCGAAGCAUGCAAGAAUAAUCACAACAUCACUACUACUGCUACGCCGAGCACGACAACACCAGCAACCGAGACCACAACUAAAAAGAUGAAGCCGGUGAAGCCAACUGAUAUGAGCAAUAACGAGGUCAUUCAGAAUGACAUACCGACCGUACAAGAGGACGUGAAUUGCGAGACGGGCCCGUGGCUCGGGUGGAGCGACUGUGUGGGGGAAUGCGACUACGCUUUCAAACUCAACUAUCGUUUGGUCUUGCGCCCGGCAUCUGGGGUUGGAAAAGCCUGUCGUAAGCUGAUGAAGACGCGCGCCUGUCGCCCCGCCCACUGCCGCCUACCCACUGGUACUAUGGACCUUUCUAGCACUGACCAGCCGAAUUAUGAUGAAGAUUAGAUAAUAAUAAGAAGUUUAGCAUUAGAAUUCUCUACGCACUCUAGACGAGUGCUUUUCGUGUGAUAUUUAUGAGAAUUCAAACGUAAGAAGACUUUCAAUCAGUAGAUGUUAUAUUACAGGUUCAGUAGCGAUUUAAAAAGUUUUUGGAAAUUCUCUCAAUAAUUAGAUGUAAGUUAUACAAUUAAUUUUUUAAUAUUUACCUUUAUAUGUGACACAAUCACAACACUAUAGGUACUGUUGUAUACUCGGUGACGAUGUUCUUGUAGGUAGUG